AUGAAUUUUAAUUGUUUUAAAACCUCUUAUGUUGAUACUAAACUGACCACUGCUUUUGAUCAUAACUUAUGGUCAAAUGCAUUAUUUAUACCAGAGACCACUAGCUCAGAUGUGAUUGAUCAUAGAAACCAGUCAAAUGUGAUGAUAAAUCAUAUGGCUUAUCAAGUUGAUGAAGAUGAUGACAUAAUCGGAAAACCAUGGUUGUUGGAAGGUGGCAACGUGCUGGUGGAGUCACCAGAAGUGGUGGGUGUUGGUUGUGAUACAAAGAUCGAGAUGAAAGCCAAGAACCCGAAAAUAGCAUUCCAAACAAGGAGCCAAGUAGACAUUCUUGAUGAUGGUUAUAAAUGGCGAAAAUAUGGUCAAAAAGUUGUUAAAAAUAACAAAUUUGCCAGGAAUUAUUACAAGUGCAACUACAAAGGAUGCAACGUGAAGAAGCAAGUUCAAAGGCUAUCAAAGGACGAAGGAGUUGUAGUCACAACAUAUGAAGGCUUCCAUGCACAUACAAUCCCCAUGCCUCCGCAAGAUAUUAAUCAUAUCUCAAGUUAAAACAUAGCCCGGAACCAAAUAACUUUUGUCAUUUUAUGUUGUCUAUUUUGGUGCGAGUAGUUUAGUUGUUUCUGUCUACACAUUCCAAAAGCAAAAAACAAAUCAAAUUCCAUUGCAAGUAGUUAGGUUGUCUAAAGUUAGUAACAAGUAACAACCGGUUGCUAGUAGCCUCUUGAAGAACAUCUUAUCAAGAAUCUAAUAAAUGAAAACUGGUCCAACAUGAUAGAUGUUGAUAAUAUUCUACA